GAAUCAUUAGAACAAAAUGGCUGCGCGCAUGUCACCUUCGGCUUUAGCGGCAGUUAGAUUUUUGUUUAAACAAAAUGUGUUAUCGCAGACUAAAGUGUGGUGUACGGUUCAUGUUAACAACAUCAGAAGAGGCUACAUAGUACAAGUGGCAAGUGUACCCUCGCACACAGAUGACACCCUUAAAUACAGGCAAAUCAGUGAUUUCAGCGGACCAUUGCAACAUUACAUGAGUCUCGUUCGGGAUGGGACUCUCCGGGAGGACCAGCAGCAAAAAGCAGUGCUUAUGCGGCUUGAUGAAAUGCACGACGUGCUGAAAACGUACAGCAACAGCCCUACGUCAUUUCUGUCAAAGUUUUUUUCAAAGCCCAAACCUCCAAAAGGCUUCUACAUCUACGGUGAUGUUGGUACUGGGAAAACUAUGGUUAUGGACAUGUUCUUUUUGCAUGUAGAGAGUGAAAGGAAACAGCGGGUUCAUUUUCAUGGGUUCAUGUUGGAUGUACACAAAAGGAUACAUCGACUAAAGCAAAGCUUGCCAAAGAGGAAGGUGGGCAAAAUGGCCAAAUCCUAUGACCCAAUUGCACCUGUUGCCAUGGAAAUCAGUGAAGAAACCAGCCUAUUGUGCUUUGAUGAGUUUCAGGUGACAGACAUUGCAGAUGCCAUGAUUUUGAAACAGCUUUUUGAGAACCUGUUCAUGAACGGCGUGGUUGUGGUGGCCACAUCUAACCGUCCACCAGAAGACCUGUAUAAAAAUGGCCUACAAAGGGUUAAUUUUGUGCCUUUCAUCGCUGUGUUGAAGGAACACUGUCAGACGUUGCGCUUGGACUCUGGGAUUGACUACCGGAAAAGCAAUCAACCAGCUGCUGGGAAAUUAUUCUACCUCGCCAGUGAAGCUGACGUGGAGGCAGUGGUGGACAGGCUGUUUGACGAGCUGGCACAGAAGCAGAACGACAUUACUCGACCGCGAACGCUGAACGUUCAGGGUAGGAAGUUGAGGCUGAGUAAAGCCUGCGGGACCAUUGCAGACUGCACCUUUGAGGAGCUCUGCGACAGGCCGUUGGGUGCUAUUGACUAUCUGGAGAUAUCCAGGCUGUUUGAUACAGUCUUCAUACGCCACAUUCCCCUCCUGACGCUGCACAAGAAGACCCAAGCUAGACGCUUCAUAACCCUCAUCGACACCCUCUACGAGCAUAAGGUGCGGGUGGUGAUUCUGGCAGAGACGCCCCUGGAGAGCAUAUUUGUUCACGAUCAGCACAAUCACGACGACGAGCAUCACAGGAUUCUCAUGGAUGAUCUGGGAUUGACUGGGGAUUCCGCCAAAGACCUGGCCAUCUUCAGCGGGGAAGAGGAGGUCUUUGCUUUCCAGAGGACCGUGUCCCGUCUCACGGAGAUGCAGACGGAGAAAUACUGGAGCGAAGGAGAGAGGAAGGCCACGUAGCGAUUGGCUUAAAUCUCAACGAGUGUCUUCAAGUAAAACGAUUCAGUGGGACAAAGCGUUCAGUCAGCGCACAAUAUAUGUAAACUGGUCCAUAAUCGAACCUUUACUUGACAUGAAUUUUACGUGACUGCUGCACUUUGAUCCAUAUGCACUCAUGUACGGAUGAUUGUAUUACAUUCUAAAAGCUGCCUUUGAUCAGUUUUUGACCAUAUUGUAUAUGGGGCAGUACAUGAUAUGUAUUUGAUUAUCUUAAAUGAUUUUUUUUUUUACUUUUCAUGGUGGCUGGGAAGAGGUUUGUUGUUGGAGGGUAUAUUUGGGUAGCUAUUGACUCACCUCCAGCUUUGGAGGUUCAGUACUUGUCCGCUGAUCUGUACGUAUGGACGUGCAUUUUCUCCCAGUGUUGCAUGGCUUUUCAUGGGAUUUCAUCCUGCAGUCCAAUGUUGUGACUGAUAGUUUUGUAGUGCACAAUAUAGUGAAUGAAUUUUAUACUUGGGAAUUCGAACAGCACUACAAAAUGGCCAAUUCACUAUAUUGGGGACUAUAUGGUGGGUGUAUGGGUGAGUGUGUGUGUGUGUGUGUGUGUGUAUGUAUGUGUGUGCACCCUUGCAGUGAACUGUAAUGCUGCCUGAAGCGUGUUCCCCAGGACAGACUCCAGCCUCUCUACAGUCUUGUAUUGAGCAAGCAGUUAGAAGUUUGAUGGAUGUUAUUGUUGGUCUUACUAUUUAUUUAUUUAUCAUUAUUAUUUUUUUUAAAUCCUAGCUCCCUGUUUGCUCUUAGCUGCCCAGAUGCCUCAAGCAUAGGCUGUAAGGCUCCGCUUAUGGAUGUCCAGGCUGAUGCUAUCUUUACACACUGCACCUGGUUCCAUGCAGGAGAGCGGCUUGAUUGGUUGCAAUGCUAAUUUCUGCAAAAUGGGAGCCUGUUGAUACUGCACUGGUGCUAAUACAGCAGGCAGCCCUUCUUCCCUAAUACUGCAGAACGGUGCUAGUUUGUUCCACAAUAGAGAAAUCUCAAGUAUCACCAAGCUGACUUGGUGUUUUGCAGUCGCGGAACUGCAGAUUAAUCUCAAAGCAUUCAUUCUUGUAAUGGGUUAGUAUGGUAGAUAAACCUUACCAAAUAAAUCCCCAGGAGACACUCUGCACUUAUUCAGAAAAAACUAUUCAUCUGUGGAAAUGGAUGCAGUAUAAACUCUGUUUAGGUUUAUUUAGAAAGCAUCCGUUUUCAUCUCAACUAAAUGCUUAUUAACAAUGAAGGAAAAAACUGCUGGUCCUGUAUUGAUUAAAUACUCCACCAUGUGUCAUAUUAUUUUAUGCAUUGUGUAUUUUGAUUAUCACUUUUUAAUGUGAUGUGUCAUAGGAUUUUCCAGAGGUUUUUAUAUAUUUGAAUCUGGUUAUUUCCAAAAUGCUGCUGAAGUACAGCAGCCUGUAUAAUUUGGCUCAUGCAUUAAAAUCAAUUUUUAAAAAUCAUACAUGUCAACCAAUCAGUUGAUUUGUGUCAAGAUGAACCCAAAUUUUACGUAACCUAUAAAUUCAAACUUUAGGUUUCUAAUUUUCUAAUUUAUAGCCACCCAGUCUGACAGCCCGUGCCGGACAACAAAGCAACACAUGGGUGUAAGUUAUGCUUUGUAAUGUAAAUUGAAACCUAACUUUGACCCCGGAGCUUUUUUUUGCGUGAACUUUGUGUUCACCGUGGAUUCUGUUUCUUUUAGCAGCCACUACUCUGUUGGAUACAAAGUUUACUAUGUUUCUGCAGUCUUACUUCACAAUGGAAUGAUGGAAUGGAUGCUGGAAUGACUGUGGCUUUUGCUCAGUUGGAAUUUCUCAGCAUGGCUUGGUCAGGUGUUUCUGAAAGUAAGUCAGUGAGUUGUCAAGGCGAUGCUUGACAUAGGACGUUCCAGGGAAGUGAGAUCAGUUUUAGGGGCUCAGAGAUGUUGAUACAAUAAUUGAGAUGGACCCUUUGACUCUGAAUUGGACAAGCGGUUACAGAAAAUGCAUGGAUGAAUGGAAUUGAGAUGGGGUAAAGUCCACCUCUCACUGAAGCCAAGGAUACACUGAUUAAAUCCAUUAUUUGUCUUUACUGAACUAAUUGCAGUUGACAUCAUUAUAAAGUAAAGAUAAUAUUUCCCUAUGGAGUGAUUUGCACAUGUGGCAUAGAUCUACAGAAAUUGGACUGUGGUCCGCAGAAAUGAAAGCUGAAGAUUUUGACGGAAGUAUAUGGCAGAUAUUUCUAUUGAUGUAAAUUCGCUCUACUUAGAUAUAUGUGGCAACAAAGAGGUGAAAUGCAGUUUAAAGUAUUUUAGAUAUAAGCCAAAUCAGUACAAAGUGCUCCUUUAAGAAGAGAUUUCAUAUAACCUGAACCAAACAUUUCCCAAAAUGACUUUGGUGUGGCAUAUACUGCAUAUCAUGAUAUAUAAGCAAUAUUGAGUAUUAUUUUUUCAGCUUAUUUUUUUCCAAUAUGAAACAGAAACAAAUGUAUACUUGGAAUUAUUUAAUGUACAGAUAAUGUAUUGAUUCAAUGGGUAUCUGAAUUAUACAUAUUCUUUGUGUAUUUAAAGUAUUGUUUACAUAACAUGUAUAAUCACUGUUGUUCAAAACCAUAGCAACAAUAAAAAAGGUCAUUCAAAAAAA